AUGUGCAUACAAAAUUGUGUGGAAUAACAGAUAUCCGAGUGAAAUUCAACAUGACAUUCUUAAAACUAUUAUUAAGUAAUAGUAUAAUAUACCUUGCUAUAGUGGCAAUAGCGAGUCCUAUGGAUGGUGAAAAAAAAAUCAAAGGAGUGGAAACCGAUGAAGAAUCGAAAAUCGUGCGCAGUGUAUUAAACAACAAAUUAAGCAAUAUAUUAGAUUAUAUACUUCCGAUACAUUAUAACAUAGAGUUAAUGUUACUCAAUAAUUAUCUCCGUAGCAAAUGCAUAAUCACUUUAAAUAUUUUUUAUGCGAAACAAUACAUAAGUUUUUAUGCACCGGAUUCAGUGAGUAUAAUAGUAUCGACAUUAAAGACAAAUAACGGUACGGUUUAUGAAACAAAUCACAUAAUUUUUAUGAAAAACAAUAUUUACGUGCUCGACUUCGGUGAUGUCUUGUUGAAUGGAAAGUACGAUCUGUAUAUAGAGUAUGAAAUCUUAAUUAAUAUCGUAAGGGAAUCUUUCGGAACUCCGUACUUAAAUGAAGAUGAAAAAAUAGAGUGGUUAAUCGCAACAGGUAUCCAGCGAAGAAACUGGUAUCAAACGAAAAAACAGCAAAUAUUUCCAUAUUGGGACAAGCCAGAAUUAGGAAUAACUUUUGUUAUUUCUAUAUUGCAUCAUCCAAAGUACAAAGCUUUGUCAAAUAUGCCGAUACGAGAAACUAAAUUGACAAACGAUAAUAUGAUGUGGACAUUUUUUCACAAAACUCCUAUGAUCUCCAUAGAUAGUGUAGCAUGUCUGGUUUCCAGUUUUCAUCAGAGCAUUCUCUCGAAAAAUGAAAGAAUUCUUUCAUCCAUAUGGUUCAGACCACAAUCGGAACCGCAUCUAGAAUUUGCGAAAACUGUUAUUAUUUCCGCUAGUGCAUUUAUGAAUGAAUGGAAUAUUUUGAAAAAAGCAUUUGGAAACCCCUUUUUUUCAUUUGAGAGCAAAGUGGAUCAUGUCGCAAUUCCGGCUUUACAAAAAGAAAUCGAACAGACUUUCGGUUUCGUUUUUUAUCGAGAAGCAGAUAUCACUUAUAAUGAAGAAUUAGAUCCUGUCGUAUAUAAAACGAUAAUUGCACAUUUAAUUGCACAUGGGAUGAUACAAAAAUAUACUGGAAAUCUGUUCAGACCAACUUACUUAUGGUCUCAUACAUUAAUCGAAGGAUUUAAUAUAUUUUGGCAAGAAUACAUUAUCGACAAGGUUCUGCCAAAUUCCCGGAUGAUGGAUUUGUUUGUAGUUCAAGUUCAACAUGAAUUACUCUAUCUAAAUACUUAUGUUGUUAUAAAUUCUACUAUAGAAUAUAAUAGUUAUCCUAAAAAUUAUUUUCACUCUUCUCUUUCUCAUAUCAAAGGAUCUGUUAUAUGGCGCAUGUUAGAACGAACAUUACCACUUCAUAUAUUUUCAGAGGGAUUCAUCAAAUAUUUGGAUAAUCAACUUAGUGAGCCUGAAGCAGCAACUGCCGAUCAUUUAUGGAACGCUAUGAGAUCUAAGCUAAAUGAAUCGUAUCCUAAGUAUGAUUUUAAUAUAAAAGAUGCGAUAAAUUCGUGGAUUAUGCAGAAAUAUCCUUCCGUGUUGGAGAGAAACAAUGUUAUAUACCUAUUACUUAUGCUUCGGAGUCGAAUCCCAAUUUUAUCAAAACUUGGACAGAUAUGUGGUUAA